AUGUUUUGCCCGCACAAGAACUCUUACCUCCAGCUAGUAUGCGCCAUGAACCCGCGAGUGAUCAACAAGGCUGUUGAUCAGGCUAUGGAGAAAUCAGAAUUCGACCCUCAUUGUGACCAACCAGCCGCCCAGCGGCCGACGUCUAUGCAACCAUCAUUAUAUGCGCCCCACGUAGACAUAACCCGAGCUAGAAUGGGGUUUGGUCGCGUUGGUCUCAGGAUCAUCAACAGGGAACUGCAUUCCGAGGACGACUUGGUGCAAUUACAGGCCAUACAUACUGUCCUCGAUCAGGUACAAAUAUCUGAAAGCGCAUUAUUUUUAAUAGAUCUCCACGUCGUGUAUCGCAUUAUAGAUCUGAUGGAACAUCGGAAUCCUAUAAUCAGAGAGAAAAUUUGCCUGAUCCUGACGCACUUAGCCACCUACUACCAAGGGCGGAAGCAAAUCAUGUCACGGGCUAUCAUUAUUGACAACCUUCUGUGGCUGAUCUUAAGAGACAGGAAAGAGAUAAGGUUCGUAGCGGCAACAACCCUCAAAACUUUAGCGCGAGACAGGUGCUCCUGCGAAAUUAUCAUGAAACAUGAGAAGAUCGUAGAAGACCUACUGAAAGUGGUCAAAAACGAGCACUCUGGCAUCGUACUGAUACAUCUUCAAACGUUGACUUGCUUCGGUGAAUGGGAUCCUGCGAGGUUGCUCAAAGCUAACGCCUUCCAAAUCAUGCUGACUCUAUUCACGGAUAGAGAUACAAAAAUCAUCAGUGCCGCUAUGGACUGUAUGACUCAAUUAUGUAAGGACGAUAUAGGAAAGAUCCUUGCAGACGAAUACGAUAUUACGUUUUUUUUACGACCGUACCUCAUGAGUACUAGUGUGGAAGUCAUCAUCAGCGCGAUAAACCUGAUGGCUUAUACCACAUUGACGACACGGUCAAAAUGGCGUGCUAAGGAAUGCAUGAGACUGCCAAAGAGGUUGGUGGAUUUAUGUCACACUCCGAACAAGCCCGUUCUACAGCUCGGAGCUAUGCAAGUCCUCAUGAAUCUGUGCGACAUGCCAGACAUCCGCAAUCAUAUCAAGAUGAACAUGGACAAGAAUGUAAAGGCGAUAAAAAUCAGGGAUCAUGAAGACUGGGACGGUACAACUGAGACGAGCAGUUAUGGGCUUGAAACUGGACAUAAUUACAGGACCAUGAGCAUUGAGCAGGUGGAAACUAUUAAGAGCGACUUCGGUGAUAAUGCAUUGGCAGUAAACGUGCACAGUUACUUGAAGAGGCUGCAUGAGCUGAAGGCGCGUCUGAUAUUUGCGAUCCAUAAAAAGUCCUAUAGACAUUAA